AAUUAGGCGCCGGACGGACGGUCCGUUCGUUCUUCUGUCCCCCGAGCGGAGGAAAGAUGCUGUCGCUCCGGGCCGAGGCGGUAAUCAGACGGAGCUUCGCCCUUGGCAGGGUUACAAGAGGCUGGCAGCUCCAGAGCAGCAGUUCUCGCGUUCUGAAUGAGAUCAGCACUCGGCAUUAUCGUUCUCAGCCUACCCAUGGCAUUGGAAGAUACCGACAUUUACUGCCACCAGAGAAAGACCCCAAAAAGAAAGAAAAGCUCCCGACAAAGGACGCUAAACCCACAUCGGAGUAUGAAUAUGGGCUUGUAAACAUCCAGGUGUCUGGAUACGACAUGACCAGCGUUGAGCAUUACUCCCAGUACAUCCACAAUCUCUGCAACCGCCUGUCCGUUAAAGUAGAAGAAUGCUAUGCCAACCCAACAAGGACCAAGGAAGUUAUGCUGUUACAGGAACAUACGAACAAGAUGCUUCUGGAUUCCGUGCUAACCACUCACGAGAGAGUCAUUCAGGUGCGUGGAGUGAGUUCCAUAAUGGUUCCCAUUCUUAUUGAGGUUCUGAUGAUGAACCAGCCUGAAGGGGUCCAGCUUCUGUUGAAGGAGCACACCGAGGCAGAUUACCAAGCCAGAUUUAAGGCCCGUCCAGACCUAGAGAACCUGAUGGCUUCAAUGAGCUGAGACCCUAUAGACUCAUCCCUGGAGAAGUCCGUAUCAUCACGGACACGUUUCAACACCUUUCAACCAGCAGCCUGGCCUUAGCCUGCAGGCACGCGGCUAGCUGCUCGUCAUGCCUCCAAGGGCAAUACUCCGGGUAUAUUAUACAGCAGGGGUAGCCAAUCCGUAAUGUUUAAGGAAUGUAUAACUCCAGUAAGGCUAAGCCAGCAAAGAAAUGCAGCGUACCUGUGAUUUAGCCUCUUGCAAGUUGCGAUUCUUUAUUCUCCAACAAGUGAACAACUUAUUAAAUUACCACUUUUAUACACGAUGCAAACGUGGCUUUAAUGAAAGAGACGUCUACUAUUUAAAUAAAAUAUUUUCUACA